CUACAGCAGUAGUCCAGGCAGCGCUAUGCAAACCCAGAGAAGAACGUGUAGCAAUAAAGCGAAUCAACUUAGAAAAAUGCCAAACCAGUAUGGAUGAAUUACUUAAAGAAAUUCAAGCGAUGAGUCAAUGCAGUCAUCCCAAUGUAGUAACCUAUUAUACAUCUUUUGUGGUGAAGGAUGAACUUUGGCUAGUUAUGAAGUUAUUGAGUGGAGGUUCGAUGCUGGAUAUAAUAAAGCAUAUUGUCAACAGAGGAGAACACCAGAAUGGUGUACUUGAAGAACCAAUAAUAGCAACAAUUCUUAAAGAAGUUUUGGAAGGUUUAGAUUAUCUACACAGGAAUGGUCAAAUUCACAGGGAUUUGAAAGCUGGUAAUAUCCUUUUGGGUGAAGAUGGCUCAGUACAAAUAGCAGAUUUUGGUGUUAGUGCUUUUUUAGCAACAGGAGGUGAUGUUACUCGUAACAAAGUAAGAAAAACGUUUGUUGGUACCCCGUGUUGGAUGGCACCUGAAGUCAUGGAGCAGGUGAGAGGUUAUGACUUCAAGGCCGACAUGUGGAGUUUUGGAAUAACUGCCAUUGAAUUAGCAACAGGAGCUGCACCUUACCACAAAUAUCCUCCAAUGAAAGUGUUAAUGCUGACAUUGCAGAAUGAUCCUCCCACUUUAGAGACAGGUGUAGAAGAUAAAGAAAUGAUGAAAAAGUACGGCAAAUCCUUUAGAAAACUUAUUUCACUAUGCCUUCAAAAAGACCCUUCCAAGAGGCCCACAGCAGCAGAACUUUUAAAAUGCAAAUUCUUCCAGAAAGCCAAGAAUAGAGAAUACCUGAUUGAAAAGCUUCUUACUAGAACACCUAAUAUAGCACAAAGAGCAAAAAAGGCUGAGCAGAAUCCGGGGAAACCAAGCAUGAUGUCAGGUUCUGAAAAAGAGCAAGAUGGAAACAGAAGGGUUAGAAGAGUACCAGGCUCAAGUGGCCACCUCCAUAAGACAGAAGAUGGGGACUGGGAGUGGAGCGAUGAUGAAAUGGAUGAAAAGAGUGAGGAAGGCAAAGCAGCUGUUUCUCAGGAAAAGUCCCGAAGAGUUAGAGAGGAGGAAAAUACAGAGAUUACCAUGAAUGCUAAUAAUAUCCCAGAACAGAUACAGAAUCUGUCUGUACAGGACCCUCAGUCCCAGCCUGAUGUUAGUAAUGAAUAUAGUGAAGUUCCAUGUGCAGUGAAUCUUGUUUUAAGAUUAAGAAACUCUAGAAAGGAACUUAAUGACAUACGAUUUGAGUUUACUCCAGGCAGAGAUACGGCAGAUGGCGUUUCUCAGGAGCUGUUCUCUGCAGGCCUGGUUGAUGGCCAUGAUGUAGUUAUAGUUGCUGCUAAUUUACAGAAGAUAGUAGAGGAUCCCAGGGCCUUGAAAACAUUGACAUUUAAGUUGGCCUCUGGCUGUGAUGGCACUGAGAUCCCUGAUGAAGUGAAACUGAUUGGGUUUGCUCAGUUAAGUGUCAGCUGAUGUCUAUCACUUGACCCCCAAGCAGAAUUGUGAGAUUGUGAAGAGGCCGGCUUAGAUGCGAAGGAAAAUUUAAAGCACCACACACUGAGUUCUGCUUCAUUCUCUAGCAAUUCACAAAAACAAAACAAGCAAAAGCCCACAGCUACAUCGCUGCUGCUAACAUUCAGAAUGCUACUAAAUGUCUCUUAGCAGUCAAUUUGGAUUUCCCUUAAAUGAAAAGCAUAUGGUAAUGCACUCAGGUGGCUG